AUGGGCCGCUGCACUGGCCGCUGCACGCUCAUCUUCCUCUGCGCUUUCCAGCUGGUCACAGCGCUGGAGAGGCAGGUGUUUGACUUCCUUGGCUACCAGUGGGCGCCCAUCCUGGCCAACUUCAUCCACAUUGUCCUUGUCAUCCUGGGGCUCUUCGGCACGGUUCAGUACCGGCCACGCUACGUUGUCACGUACGCUGUGUGGGCGGCUGCCUGGGUCACCUGGAAUGUCUUCAUCAUCUGCUUCUACCUGGAAGUGGGGGGCCUCUCGAAGGACAGCCAGCUCCUGACCUUCAACCUCUCCCAGCACCGCUCCUGGUGGCGCGAGCACGGGCCAGGCUGUGUGCCUGAGGAGGUGCUGCCCACCAGCCUUAGGCUCCUGGACCACCAGGCCCUGUUGUCAGGCAGUGGCUGCACCCUGGAGCACCGUUACAUAGAGGCCUUGCACAGCGCCCUUCAGGUCCUGGUGGCGCUCGCGGGGUUUGUCUACGCCUGCUACGUGGUCAGCGUGCUUACGGAGGGGGAGGACAGCUUUGAUUUCAUUGGUGGAUUUGAUCCAUCUCCUCUCUACCAUGUCAGUGAAAAACCUUCCCACCUCUUGUUCAAGCAGGCGCACUUGUAA